UCUUCGGAGCCAGCCCCUGCCACAGGGGCCUCUCAAGGAACACGCGCGGAGGUCGGGGGUGGGGACGAAAGGAAGGUGAGCGGGUUCUCUUGCACACGCCGGCUCCUCGCGCUCCUGUUCCGGUCAUGGGCCACGUGACCGCACGUCGCCUUUCUCUUUCGCUCCUCCCCCCGCGCUACGGCGGCCUCGUUCUGAGAGUGACGCAGAACGGCGAAUCUACGGCGCGCCACUUGUGACCAAGAUCAUCACAAGCGGAGGCGGACGGCUCCCCCCGUGCGGUACUUGUACAGCCAAAUGAGCUACCCCUGAUAGUAGAACUGUGCUCUGUGCUGCCUUCAUGAAAAAUGGAUGUAGAGGAAAAUCAGAAGAGUGAUGAAGUUGAUGGGAGUUUACAAACUGAUCUCACAGAAGAUUCAAUGAGAAAUGUUUUAGUAGAAAAUGCUGAAUGUGAUUCCUUAUCUACCCAGGAAACAAGGUCCUUAUCAGAUGGAGUUCAUAGGAGCCUUGAGAAGAAAGGAGAAGAGAAUGGCAAAAACAAAAAGGCAUUAUUAGAAUCAACUAGCCUAGACAUUACUGAAGGGGACCAACUUGAAAAUGAACCUAUCUCAAAAAGAAUAAAGCUGGAUUUUUCAAAACAUACUAAAGGCAGUGAAGGCAAAUCACUCAAACUCACAGUUAAGCAAGAGUCAAUUGCAGAAACAGAUAAUGUAAUAGAUGGAGCCAUAAAAAAGGUAGCAGUGAGUGACUGUGUCAGUGGUGACGCACUUCUUUCAAAUUCCUUGUGUCCACAGUGUGAUUUCAAAGCUGCUGAUACUACGCCACUGAAAAUUCAUUUGGAAAGUAAAGAUUCACAAGAAGUUCCAUCUGCUGUUCCUGAAAGUACUUUUCAAGUGGAAGAAAUUAGUGUUUGCUGUACAGUUGGUAAUAUAGAUAAAGUUCUUAAAUGCAAAACUUGUGAUCAGUUUUUUUCUUCUUACCCUGAUUUGGAAAAACAUAUUCAAGAAAGUCACUCAAAGCAACCCAAAGAGCAUGUGUGUCCCCACUGUAGUUAUAAAGCAGAAUACAGUUUAGCUUUACAAACACAUACCAAGCAGGCUCACGGACAAUCAAUAAUAUUUUGCUGUGAUCUCUGUGGUUUUCAGUGUGGUGAGGAGAAUCUCCUACAUUCUCAUUUCCUUGGCAAGACACACCUUCGCCGUCAACAUCUUGCUGCACGAGGAGGAUUUGUACAGAUAUUGACAAAAAGAUCUUUUCAUAAAAAGCAAUAUAUGGCAGUCAACAAGAAGAAAGAGAGAGCAAAAUCUGGGCCCUAUAAAUCAAAGACAAGAACUGCUGAUUCAAAAGAAUUAAAUGCUAGCAAUAAUAUGAGGGAUUCGAAAGUAAGCUUUUCUAAACAAAGUGAUGGCAGUGAACUUCUUGUCGAAAUGAUAACAUCUAAAAAUAUUUCCACUGAAAAAUCAGAGACUGUUCCAGAGGAAAAAGAGUUUUCCUUCAGUGUAGAAGGAACUCAUGAACUCCAGACUGAAAAGCUAGAAAUAUCAGGGUCCUCAGAAGAAAAUUUGAACAAACAAGAGCCCCCUAGAAAUACCCAAAAGAUAAUUGGCAGUUUAAACACAACAAGGAGAUCUGAUAGAUCGGGACAUAAGAGAAAUAUUUUAUCACUAAGAACUUCUUUCAGACGAAGUGGCUCUUUUAGAUUAAAAAAGCAGGUUAAAGGAAGAUAUAGUUUGCUGGGUGUUAGUAAAAGAGGCAAACCCAAAUCUCACCAAACACAGGUGAAACACAACUUCAGGACCCAGCAUAAAUCAAGUAGUUUAACACCCAAAUUGCCUAGAGAGUUAGAAAUGGAUGAUGAUGAUGAUGAUGACGUUAACAAUCAGGGUAAGGCUAUCUCAGAAAUACAGGCUCUGAGUCAAGAUAGGACAAAUACCAGUUCUCCUAGUACUACCAAAACUGAGGAUUCUCAGAUUAAAUCUGUUGCUGACAACAAAGUUCUACAUACUUGCAUUUACUGUGGUAUUGUUUUUCAGAACAGAAAUGGUUUGGAAGUUCAUGUUAUAAGACAUCAUACAAAAGGAAUGCAGUUUCAUUGUCAAACAUGUAACUAUUCCUGUGCAAUCAGGGGGGACUUUGAACAACACUGUCAAAGUAAUAAACAUCAAAUGGGGGGUUGCAGCUUUAAUUGUCACCUUUGUUCAUUUAUUUGCUUGAAUGAUACAAGCCUUGGAACUCACAUGAGUGAAGAGCAUAGUAUGCCCCAUAAUUGUAUUAUUUGCAAUCUGUAUUUUCUAACUGAGGAAGAACUGAUAGAUCAUAACACAACUGAGAAGCAUAGUAGUUUAUUGGCUCAACAAAAUACUUCUCAAUCAAUUAGCACUGAUUUGUCUCUGCAAACUGCAGCUUAUACUACACUGGAAUCAAAUAAUAAUCUCCAAAAAAUUGUAGAUGAAAUCGAAGUGACCAUGGAGGAUGAGCCUCCAAAGCCCUGCAUGAUAAAUCAUGGAAAUGAAUUAAAGCAUUCUGUUCUCAAUAAAACCCAAUUUCAAUGUAAAAAGUGUUUUUAUAAAACAAGAUCUUCCACAGUUCUUACAAGACACAUAAAACUUCGACAUGCACAGGAAUAUCAUUUUCUUUGCAAAGCAUGUAACCUUUAUUCACUGAGCAAAGAAGGAAUGGAAAAGCAUAUUAAAAGAAGCAAGCACCUUGAAAAUGCCAAGAAAAACAAUAUUGGUUUACGUUUUGAGGAAUGUAUUGAAAGGGUAUGUGUAGAUGCAAGUGAUGUUAAAAAAGUAAUAGAGCCUUCCACUUCUGGCAAUGUAAAGACUGAAUUAGAUAAAGAAAGUAUACAGGCACCGUCCUCUACUGUGGAUAACACAUCCACAAAUAAAGAACUGAUUCCAUCAGGUGAAAUUACCAAAGACAAUGAGUUAGUUUUGGCCAAUGCACCAAAGAGAGGGAGACCCAAAGGCACCAUUUCUAGGACAUGCACCCAUUGCGGUCUAUUGGCCUCCAGUGUUACCAACUUGACUGUACAUAUUAGACGAAAGCACAGUCACCAGUACAGCUAUUUGUGUAAAGUUUGCAAUUAUUAUACUGUAACCAAAGGUGACAUGGAACGUCAUUGUGCCACCAAGAAACAUAAAGGUCGUGUUGAAAUGGAAGCUAAUGGAAAACAAAACACAGAGGUAGUUGUUUGCCCAGAAGGAGGUAAUCUUGAAUCCAUUAGCAAGAAGAUCAACAGUCCAAUGGAUAUUUUGAAUGAACCUGUUGAGGAUGAUAGCCAGUCAUCAGAUUUGGAUACUUCAGUCUUAGAAAAUCGGGAAGAAGAUCAGGGAAACUCCAUUGAGGUAGAAGUUGACAAUGUAUCUCAACUCCCAGAUCUGCAGUAUACGAAGAACACUAUAAAUAUAAAACAGCAUAUACUUAUGGAGCCAAGUAAUGUUACUCAAGAUGGUGACCCAUGUUUUCAGAGAAGAGUUACAGGUGCAAAUGACAAUAAAUGUGUACACUGUGAGUUUGUUGCUCAUUCGUCUUCUUCUCUAGAGCUGCAUGUAAAACGGAAGCAUACUAAAGAAUUUGAAUACUACUGCAUGGCUUGUGACUACUAUGCAGUUACUCGUCGAGAGAUGACUAGGCAUGCAGCAACAGAGAAGCAUAAAAUUAAAAGACAAUCUUAUGUUUGCUCUUCCUCUGGAGAGGAAGCAGAUACAACAGGUAUUGCCAAAGAAACCUCUGUUAUGUCUUCAAAGGAUCAUCAGCAAAACACAGAAGAAUUUCAGACAGUUUCAGAUGAAACAAAAUAUGUUAACUAUACUAAAGCACAGGAUGAUCAAACUCUGAAAAGCUUAGCUGACUGUACUGUCUUAGAUGGAAAUGCAUCAGAAAUUUCUAAACAAGAUGGUGCCCACAAUGCAAUAGGAGUUGAAAAUGAGGCGGAAUCUACUGGAGGAGAAAAUCCCCUUUAUGAAGUCUUCCAACAAACAUCUCAAAAAGAUGAAGUUAAACUUAGUGAGAUUAUACCUCUUAAAGAAGUAGUCAUUUGUGGUUUGCAGAAAAAUGGGCAAGAUCCAAUCAAUUCAAAUUUCCAUUGCAGUGUAGAAAAUCAAAAUGUUUCAAAUGACAUGAAUGCCCCAAACUUGGAUUCCAAAAGAAGUGGGAAAACUUUAGAAGAAAAUGGAGAAAACCUUGAAAACGAGUAUAAACAUACUGAAGUUCUUGAAGAAGAAUUACUAACAGAAAGAACACCAAAUGUGCCAGCACUUUCAGAAACAUGUAAUGUAGCAGAGCAGUCAAAUCUUGAUGAAAACAUUAGAAAUACUAUUCAAAAUGUACAUAGCUUAGAGGGUGACAGAAGCUUCCGAAAGGAUCCAACUGUAGAGGAGGAAGAAGCCCUUACGGACGCAAAACAUGAAGCAGAAGUAACUAUAAACAACAGCAUUUGGGAGGCAGAUGGCUCAACAGCUGAAGGCAUGCAAGAAACUAGUAAUGAGGCUUUGGGAACUGUUAUCGGUACUGAUGAUAAAGGAAAGGCAAUGCAAAAUUUUGGCCAGUUUGAUUCUUCUAUAGUAAGAUUAAAAAGCCAUCAAGAUGGAGAAUCCACUGAUCACUCCGAUGAAGGACAGAUGUCAGGUGGAAUGAAAGUUAGUGAGGUAACUGUAAAAAUAGAUAGCUCACAAGGUGGUGGGAAAAAGAAGAAAUCUGAAGGAAAUCCCCUUGGGGAAUCGACACGUAUUCGUUGUGAUGACUGUGGUUUUUUAGCAGAUGGUUUAAGUGGACUAAAUGUUCACAUAGCCAUGAAGCAUCCUUCAAAAGAGAAACAUUUUCAUUGUUUACUCUGUGGAAAAUCAUUUUACACAGAAAGCAACCUUCACCAGCACUUGGCUAGUGCUGGUCACAUGAGAAAUGAACAGGCAAGUGUGGAAGAGCUACCAGAAGGAGGCGCCACCUUUAAAUGUGUUAAGUGCACUGAGCCCUUUGAUUCUGAACAGAAUUUGUUUCUUCAUAUUAAAGAACAACAUGAAGAACUACUGCGGGAGGUGAAUAAGUACAUUGUGGAAGACACUGAACAAAUCAACCGAGAAAGAGAGGAAAAUCAAGGCAAUGUGUGCAAGUAUUGUGGCAAGAUGUGCAGAAGCAGCAAUUCCAUGGCCUUCCUAGCUCACAUUCGAACCCAUACAGGAUCAAAGCCAUUCAAGUGCAAGAUAUGCCACUUUGCAACAGCUCAGCUCGGAGAUGCCAGAAACCAUGUCAAGAGGCACCUUGGGAUGAGGGAAUACAAGUGUCAUGUCUGUGGAGUGGCCUUUGUGAUGAAGAAACACUUAAAUACUCACUUACUGGGCAAACAUGGAGUCGGUACACCAAAAGAAAGGAAAUUUACAUGUCACUUGUGUGACAGAAGUUUCACAGAGAAGUGGGCACUGAACAACCAUAUGAAACUGCACACAGGAGAAAAGCCAUUUAAGUGUACCUGGCCUACAUGCCAUUAUUCUUUCCUCACAGCUUCUGCAAUGAAAGACCACUAUAGGACUCAUACAGGCGAGAAGUCGUUCCUGUGUGACCUUUGUGGCUUUGCCGGCGGGACACGUCAUGCCCUCACUAAGCAUCGGCGGCAGCACACAGGAGAGAAACCAUUCAGAUGUGAUGAGUGUAAUUUCGCUUCCACAACACAGUCACAUCUGACACGACAUAAGCGUGUCCAUACUGGUGAAAAACCCUAUAGAUGUCCCUGGUGUGACUACAGGUCUAACUGCGCUGAAAAUAUCCGUAAGCAUAUCUUACACACAGGAAAGCAUGAAGGAGUAAAAAUGUAUAACUGCCCCAAAUGUGACUAUGGAACCAAUGUCCCAGUGGAAUUUCGCAACCACCUGAAGGAGCUGCAUCCUGACAUUGAAAAUCCUGAUCUAGCUUACUUGCAUGCUGAGCAAAAUCAUCCCCUCUGCUGCUUUGAGUAUAAUAGAACUAGAAGUCAUGGAUCUCACUUGUGAGGAAAGGGAGGAGUACCAGGUUCAUGUCAUUGUACUGCACUUCCUGGGACCCCUCAGAAGCCCCUUUGCCAGAGCUCAGCAGUAUCAGAGCUGCAGGAUACAUUUGGGGCACAGCAGGGAAUGGACCCACAGAAUCCAACAGCAGUUUUCCUGGGAGAUGGUAGAGGUAUCCAGUUGGAUUUUCAAUUGACAGUUAAUUCUGUGUAAAGUAACACUAAUUCCUAACAAACUCGGCCACAUAGCUACUAGUGUGACAUUAUAGUGAGACAUUAUAAGUGUCUUGAUGGAGCCAUACUUGUUGGGGAGAGACCAGUAGUGGGGGCGGGGGUUAGCGCUGCAUGCAGAAAUCUCUAUAUCCAUAGGAGUGAGGUGGGGUUGAGCAGUGGUGGCCCAAUCUACUUGGAAUGUUUGAAAUCCUUCCAAACUCAAAGAAUUAAUACAUAAAUUGCCACAAAGUCAAAAUCUUACAACUAUAUUCCUUAGUAAACCACAACAGAUACCCGUUAAGCUCUUACAGCAAUAGUGAUCAAAGAGAAUAUUUUUUCUCUCUAAUCCUUUCUACUUGCCCUGCAUUUGAACAGCAGACCUUUUUUAAAAAAAAUGUGAUUAUGAAAGAUUCUGUUUUAACUCCAGUCCAUCGCUGAAACAAAUUCACUUAAAAUGUAGUCCAUAUUAACCCAGAUGCUAUAUGUCAACCAGAUUAUUUAACUAUUUUAUUUAUAUACAGUUUUUCAUACAAUUCUGUUUUUGAAAAUUUCACUAUGGGUGGUACUGUAUAAUAUCAUGCAGUAGUAUAAAAUCCUGAAAGUGUGUUAUGCUUACUCUUGAAGUAUUCUCUGGCCCACUUUCUCUAGUAUCUGCAGUAUUUAUGCACUGGGAAUUUUGUGAGCAGAAAUCCAGUGAAUCACAAUAAGCAUUUAUUUGCUAAAAGGUUCACAUUCAUAGCAAGAUGAUAGAUUUUACAACUAUCCAAGGACAGAGGGGAAAAAAGUCUACUUUAGAACUAGGUUAGGUGAGGCUAGCAGCCAAUAUUUGUAGUAAUGGGAAGAUCAUUUAUUCCUCAUGUAAGGAAUAAGAUCUUUCAUUGUUAUAACUGAGAAACACAGAGAGAUCUAUAAUUACAAAUUACAAAUUAUCUGAGAGAGGGAUCUGGAGUCAUGAUGAAAUAGUCUCUUUGUUAAUGGUUUUCUGGUGGUGGCUCUUUUGAUGACAUCCUUUGGUUAAUAGCAUUCUCACUUCUGAUUCACUUACUGAGUGACUCACUGACUUCUAACUUUUGAUAUCUUAUUAGCUGUUUCAAGUUCUACCUGAAAAGUGCUAAUGGGUUAGAUAAAUGUGCCAUUUAGACCUCUUUUGAUAUUAUUCUAAAUGAGCUAGUAAUAAUCUUACUCUUGUAGUCAAUAUUCUCUUUAUUUACAGUGCACCAGAAAAAACUCUGAUCUGUCCUUUUACAACUGUAUAGCACUUUCAUUUUAUCCCCUUCCCAUGAGUGGUAUUACUGAUGAAGUAAAAACUGAGGACACAGUAAGUCCCAGCUUUAUCAUCAACUAAUUACUAAUGCUUACCAGUAAUAAUUACAAACAAGAUCAUCGGAAAGGCUGUCUGCAACAUCACUCAUUCUUCUUCCAGAAGUAUUGACAAUUAUAGCCUGCUUUCUCUUUGGCAUCAGCAGGGGUCAAAGGGAAGACUUUUGAAAGGUCUGUACGCUAUUUGCCUUUUUGAUUAAUUGAAGUAUUUUAGGGUUUUCUAUAGUCCACAUCACUGUAGCGCCAAGAGUCUUUGUGGGAAGGAGAGUAAUUCAUUGCUGGAUUUUGUUUGUUUGGUUGUUUCAUUUUUUGUGUGUCUAAUACUUUCAGUUAUGGAAAAAGGACUCUAUCAAAGAGAAAGAUCUUGCACUGUGCCCUACAGUUCGACUGUGGAUUAAUCUAAGCUUCUCUGAAAAUUAUGCCACAGCCAUAUCGCCUUGAUCAAGAAUUUUUUUUAUCUCCGGCUCUCAGAUACUUUGUGUUGGGCAUCUUAAGCUAUGUUGACCCAAAGGAGUUCAGUUAUCUUGGUGGUCCAUGGAUAGAAUUGUAGUUUUGAUAUAAUUAGGUUCUCACCUGUUAAGGAAUUUGAAGAUCAGGACCAAGGCCUUGAACUGGUAACAGAAGUGGAUUGAGAGCCAAUAGAGAGACCAAGACACAGGGCUGAUCUGUUUAGAGUCAUUUCUCAUUAAGAAAGUGGGUGGCCGCUUUCUGCUGAAGCUAAAGCUUCUGCAUUGCAUCAACCUUCAGCAUCAGGAAAAAUGUAUUACAGAAGUCCAGUUGGGAGGUGACAAAUGUGGAUCUCUGUUGGCAGAUGCUUGUCUGGGAGUACAGGGUGAAAUUUCCAAUUUCCAUCCUGGAGGAAGAGGAAAAUAUUUUUCACCACUGAUGCUACAUGAUCAUUCAGGUUGAAUAAUGAGUUCACCAGGAAGCCUUGCACUGGGGGAAGCAGAAGGGCUUGGAUGGAAGCUGUGGGGGAAUAGUAUCCCAGCUCGUUUUUCAAAGUGUUUCACCUUUUCUGAGCAGUAUUAGUAGUGGAUAUUACCCUGGGUUCAGUUUGAACCACUUCUUCUUCAUCUAGGAGCUAUUUUCUUGUAAGCAUUGUGACACCUUAUAAGAAUACUUAGAUGUACAUCUUGGUGUCACCAGUAUAUCAUUGGCAGCAGAGACCAUAGCAUCUCACCAUUUUUCCAAAUAGUGAAGGUAAAAUGCUCCUUUGAGGGAAAAGGAACAAUUUACCUAUUGCUAUUUUCUUGGGUUUGUUGGAGACGAAUGAUUUUAUUGUAGGGAAACUAGCUGUGUCAUGCAAAUGUGGACAACUGUUUCGAAAGCUUGUCAAUUUAUACGAGUACUGAGAUGUGAUCACUAUCCAUAGUCAUAAUGAGGCUGUUCUUUAGUGCUCCCAUGCUGUCUCUGCUGUUCUCUCCAUGGAAGCCUGAUUGCAAAGCAUCCAAAAUGUUGGCACAUGUCACAUGUUGUUGGGACUUGGUUGUCAAUACUUUCUCAGUGAUUUUUUCCUAGGAAUGGAAGGUUGGAAGCAUGGUGGGCCUAUGAGUUUUUCUCCUGUCAUGUAUGUUUGUUUGUUUGCAGCAUGAUCCCCAAGAAUGAGCAGGGGAGUUGGAAGUCAGAAGAUCCUGAGUUCUAAUCCUUGCUGUGUUACUAACUUGUGUGAGCUUGCUCUCUGCCUCCUUUUCCUCAUGUAAAAUAGCUGCAGGAAUGCUUAAUUUACUUAGCUAUUAUGAUCAAUUAUUUGUAUAGAACUUUGAGCAUAUAAAGCUCCAUAUAGCAUAUUAAAAAAAAUGAAAAGAUUAAUUUGGAUGUGAAUUAACCUAAACCGAAUUAAGGACAUUUUAAUUCUGAGUAACAGCAUUCAUACAGGGGUUGAAAGGGGUUUAAUUAAUUCACUUCAAAAGUUAAUUUGGAUGGGUGUCCCCAUGUAGACAAGCCCUUUGUCUGACUGCAGAUAUACUUGCCUAAAAUAAUUUUCCUUCUAGUAUGUAGUUAAAUUCUCCAUAAAAUAUGUGAGAACAUGCAUUUAAAAAAGAUGUCAAAAGAACCCUAUUGAAAUGCAGCCUUUUUGUUGGCAAUAUCCCUACUGUAUUAUUGGCUCCUUAGAUCAGAAAUUCAUGGGAAGGCAAUUCAAUGAAUCAUCUGAUUAGUACGUCAGGCCUUCAUCCUCCUCUUUUCUAUUCUGGUUUAGGAGGAAAGUACUAUAGCUGUGUUUUUAAUUCUUUCCAGAGUAUGAUGAAUAAAAGGAAAAGUUUCCAAUGAA